CCCUGCUGGGGGGAGGUUACUCCCUAUAUAUAGAGUCCAGCCCACAGCUGAGCACAUUGGGAGGGGACCUAGGGAGGCCCAGUCAUCUCUAAGUGCACAGCGAAGCCCAGGUACCUGACCCAAGAUGCUGAAGAUCUGUGGCCUCUUUGUGCUCCUCUGUGGGCUGCUUGCCCCAUCCUCUGGUCUUUUCUUUCCAACUCCACUGGAUUCUAAACUCAACUUGGACCUGGUCAGCGAUCUUAAAACUGGUCUUUAUCAAGCUGUGGAGAGUUUGAACUUGAAUGGAGGGUUAGAUGAUCUGUUGCAGCCUGUGGCUGGCAUCCUAGGACUCCAAGGCAUAAAGUUAGAGAUAUCAAAUCCAAAGUUCUUUGAUCUCACAUUUAAGAAGUCCUCUAUUAAUGGAAAAGCCUCUUUAGAGAUACCAAUUCAAUUUGGUCUGCAUCUUCAGACCCCAUUGUUUAAUGACAAAUGUAAAGUCAGCACGAUCAUAAAAGGCAUGGCUUCUUUCAUGAGAGAUCAGAAUGGCUAUGAUCGAAUCGUCUUUGAGGAUUGUGGGAUCGUGCCUGAGUCUGUACAGAUCACCUCUGAGAAGUCAUUCAGCUUACUGGGACGUGCACCAAACUUGGAGAGCAAAUUUAAAGGGAUCAUAUCCCAACAAGUGGUGAGAGAACUAUGCAACUCCCUCAAUACAAUGAUGACUAAAUUACCUCCAGAGUUCGUCAGUUCCAUUAGAAGGUCUCUGCCUGAAGGUGAUGUCAAGAUCUCCAUCUAACUAUCCCCAAACAAAGAAGCAGCAUUUGCACCAAUCGAGAAUCGGGUCCUGCUUGCUGGUCUCCUUCCUGAAAUGUCCUCCACACUCCAGGUCAACACCUAUGUCAUAUUCAUGUUGAUUAUUCAGCUGCUGCCUGGAGUUUUAUCAUUCACCCUGGAUGCCAAGAUCCCCUCCUGCCUGGAAGUGGGAGCUGUUCCCCUGUAAAUCCUCACCAGAAUCUCCGUUA